AUGACAUACAAACACCUCAUCCCCCCAGCACCACAUCUGGAGCCUAUUACAGAGGAGAUGGUCAAAAACAUUGAGCUGAAGGUUGAGGUGGAAAGCUUGAAACAAGAACUCCAGGAAAGACAGGAACAGCUUGAUAAUGCACUAACCACAGCAGGUCUGACCAAUCAGAAUGAGGUUGAGGUGCAGCGUCGAUGUGAGGAGCGGCAGCAGGAGAUCAGACACAAGCAAGAGAUUCUGGAGACCAAGGUCCAGCUUCUGCAGGAGAUUCAGAGUCCCAGCGCUGUUUGGCCCUAGAAAGGAGAAUGAUGGGGGAAAUGCACGGGGGAAAUGAAAGUUUAUCUGCAACGGCACAACAUGAAGAGAUGGCUAAGGAAGACAGGUUGAUGGAGAAACUGAAUGAAACUCUAUGCAGGAGAGCAAGAAGCAGCUGAUCUGAGUGCACAGAGGGACACCCUUACUGUAAAACUAACUCAGCUGGAAGAGCAAGUGCAGAGCCUCAACAUUUCCCUCCAGCAGAAAGAGAAAG